UGUCCCAAUCUAGUAUUCACAGUGGUCAUUUUCUGGAAAAUUUUCAAGUUCUUUUCUCUUCAUUCUCCGCCGGUGCUGCCUGAGAACUCUACCGGCGGUGACUCAGGAUGAUCUCCGUCGGAGAGGCUUGAGCAGGAGCAACGGUGUCGUUUAGGUUGCACUGGCUUCGUGAGUGUCGGAGUUGGUGGCUGGAUUGAACGGAGACGAGUUCGGCUGUGAGUGAGCUGACUCACUGAGUUAAAGGCGCGAAAAUGGCUUUCCACAAGAAUAGCAUUUGGGCAAGAAAUGCUGGGUGUCUAACUGAUGGAGAGAAAGUUUAUGAUGAUUCCUCCGGAAAUGAACAGAAGCGUGGUCAACAAUGGCUUAUGGAUGCAACAGAGCCAGAACUGUUCUGCAACAAGAAGCAAGCAGUAGAAGCUGUUAACAGCUGGAAUAUUUCAGGAAUUUCAAAUAUGAAUGAUUCUCCAUGUGGAAACAUUUCAAGUUUUGCAUCUGUUUCAGGGCCAUUGUUGGACCGCCUAUUUGGAACUGACCUUAAAAUAAUUCAUCCUCUUAGCAGGAACAUUCCAUCUGCUAGUACUGGGAAUAUGGAUAUGGGAAGAAAGGGAUUUGAGUUUCCAUUCAGAAGUGAUUCCUCGUUUGGUUUAUCUAUGUCUCAUGCUAUAGCAGAUCCAUCUUUCAACUACAGUGGAAUCAGAAAAGUUAAAGUGAAUGAAGUGAGGGACUCUGACAAUGGCAUGCCUGUAGGAAUGGGGCACUUCUAUAAUAGGGGAGGUUACAAUAUGAUUUCAGCUGGCUCAGCCUAUAAUAAGAGUGAUUACAGCAACAUUUCACUGGGCCCAGUUUAUAAUAAUGGUAAUCAGAAUACUAUUUCAAUGGGUGCUUACUUUAAUAAGGCAACUUCCAAUUUUGGCUCAAUAAGUCAUACCUUCAACCAGGAAACCGGCAAUCCCAUAUCAAUGGGUCAUACCUAUCACAAAGUGGAUAGGAGUGUGUUGCCCAUGGGUCAUUUCUAUGACAAGGGGAAUGGAAAUUUUUUAUCAAAGGUUCAGCAGCAUGGAAAGGAAGAUGGCAGUAUCAUGUCAAUGAGUCCUGCUUAUAACAAGGGGCACGAGAAAUUUAUUUCAAUGGGCCCUUCCUACAGUGAAGCAAAUGGUAAUUUCGGUACAAUGGGUAUGGUCUAUAGUAAGCACAAUGAUGAUAUCAUGUCCAUGGGUCCGACCAAUGAUAGGGUGGAGACCGGUAAUGUGUCAUUGUGUCUCACCUAUGACAACGAAGAUUCUAGCAUUUUAUCUAUGGGCCACAACUACAAUAAGGGCCAGAACAAUACUGUCUCAUUUGGAGGCUUUCAUGAAGAACCUGAGACAAAUUCUUCUGGCAGGAUCAUUGGCAGCUAUGAUUUGUUGAUGAGUCGGUCAUCAGCACAAGCUCCAGAAGCAGUUUGCCAGAAAGAUGCUCAAGCUUCAGAAAUACUUUGUCAGCAAGAUGCACGAGCCUCAGGAGUACUCGGCCAGAAAGAUACUCAAGCUUCAGAAAUACUUGGCCAGAAAGAUGCUCAAACUUCACAAGUACUUACCCAGAAAGAUGCUCAAUCGUCAGAAAUACCUGGCCAGCAAGAAGUACAAACUUCAGAACAAGUACUUAGCCAAAAAUAUUUGGCUCAAUCGAAUGCUGAUCCAGCUGCUAGUUGCACACCAAAAGCUACUUCUAAAACCGAUACUGUCUCAAAAAAUAAACAGAUAAAUACUAAAAAGGAUUCCUCAAGCCACUUUCCUUUGAAUGUUAAAAGCUUGUUAUCAACUGGUAUGUUUGAUGGGGUUCCUGUGAAGUAUGUUUCAUGGACACGGGAGAAGAGUGUUCGAGGAGUUAUAAAAGGGAGUGGGUAUUUGUGCAGCUGUAAGGACUGCAAUAGCUCUAAUUGUCUUAAUGCUUAUGAGUUUGAGCGCCAUGCUAAUUGCAAGACCAAACACCCAAACAAUCAUAUUUACUUCGAGAAUGGGAAAACCAUUUAUGCAGUGGUCCAAGAGCUGAAAAACACUCCUCAAGACAAGCUUUUUGAAGUGAUUCAAAAUGUAACUGGAUGUCCUAUUAAUCAGAAGAAUUUUCAAACUUGGAAAGCAUCAUAUCAGGCGGCAACAGUUGAACUUCAGCGUAUCUAUGGAAAGGAUGGAGCUGCAGGACCAAUCUUGAAAUAAGGACUCUGCCUCUUCCAAAGUCAUAAGUUAGGUUAACACCAGACCUAUGCACAGCAUACAUUUAUAUAAUAAAUCAUAGUGGAUUUGGAUUUUUAGAUUGGGACCUGUACAUAAAUUAUAGACCCAGUUUGGAACUUUAAAUUGGGCUUGGGUCUAGCUCCACAAUAAAUUUGGAACUUUACAAUGGACUUACUUCUGUGAUCCUUAUCGUUGUUUUAGCUUUUGAACAUUUGCAUUAGGAUCUUAAUUUCUUCUGGUUUUUUGGACUCAAAAAGUAGCGUUUCACUACAUUUUCUCCAGGAAUUUAGAAUUUUAAUCAAUGGAUAUGCAAUAUCUUUUGUG